AUGGGGAGCUUCGGCCGCUGCCUCCUGCUCGCCCUGGCCCUGCUCAGCCCCUGUGCCGCUGCUGCCAGGAAGUGCAACCUGCAGGGCCUGUGGAGGAACGAGCUAGGCUCCAACAUGACCCUCUCAGCUCUGGACGCAGCCGGGACCUUCUCGGGCUCCUACCACACCGCUGUGGCGGCCACCAACAAGCAGAUCCUGGUGUCACCCCUGCAAGGGGCCCAGCAGCACCCCAGUGCCAAGGGGCAGCCCACCUUCGGCUUCACCGUGCAGUGGCAGUUCGCAGACUCUACCACCGCCUUUGUGGGCCAGUGCUUUGUGGACCGCCGUGGGAAGGAGACACUGGAAACCACGUGGCUUUUGUGGGAAGAGGUCCCGUCCCGCAAGGAUGCCUGGAAAGCCACCAGAGUCGGCACCUCCAUCUUCACCCGCAUCAAGUGA